CAGUUUUGCUUUGGUAUGCUUUUACUAUAACUGGCACCCUAGACCUGUUUGUCAGCCAAAUAUUAUAGUAACACCUCCAGACCUGCCAGUAGUAAGUAUAAUAUUAAUAAUAUCUGAAAUAAAGCUCCAGCAUGUUAUAAAAGCAGUAGCUGUACACAAACACUCAUCACUGGUAACCUACAGUAAAAGGAUUGUUCAGUAUUAGUUCUAUACAGCAAGUCAAGACAAGAUGGAUUCCUGUUCUUAUUUUAAGCUGAUAGGAUGCUUCAUUCUUAUUAGCAUUGCUACUGCACAAGAAACACAAGCUACAUCUUGUCACCCUCGUGAUUGUAAGGAGGUAUAUGAACGCGGUCACACAUGCAGUGGAGUAUAUACUGUGAAACCUGAUGAACUACCAGCCUUUGAGGUUUACUGUGACAUGAAUUAUGGAGAUGGAUGGACUGUAUUUCAAAGGAGAAUGGAUGGUUCUGUUGACUUCUACCGCAACUGGACUGACUAUGAAAAAGGAUUUGGAGACCUCAACGGAGAGUUCUGGCUGGGACUUAACAAGAUAAACCGACUUACUGAAAUAGGCGAUUAUAAUCACCUCCUUGUUGAAUUGGAAGAUUUUGAUGGGAAUAAGAAUUACACUUUUUAUUAUGCUUUUUCAGUAUCGGAUGCAAGUCGCAACUAUACGCUGGUGUUGCAUUCUGACCAUAAAGGCAAUGCUGGAGAUGGUCUGAGCUAUCAUGCUGGAAUGAAGUUCUCUACCAAGGAUCGAGACAAUGACGCCUGGGCCACAGGAAGCUGCGCAACAACUUAUGGUGGAGCUUGGUGGUAUAAAGCCUGUUAUCGUUCAAACCUCAAUGGUCUCUAUUUGAUUGGAUAUAACUCAUCACAGAAAGGUGUCAAUUGGUCAGAGUUCCCUAUGAAGUACUACUCCCUAAAAACUAGUGAGAUGAAAUUUAGAAAGGUUUUUAACUAAUGUCCACUGGAGAAUGAACAAUUCAUUAUCAUUCAUUAGUAGCAGUUGAGUAGUUUGAUAUACAUGUACAUGUACAUUUUCUAUACAUGCAGUGUAAAAUAUCUUAAAUUUCAAGUUAACAGAAAAGUUUUUGAUGAUUUCUUGAAA